AUGGUAGAAGAAGCAAUAUUCUUAGGUGAUAUAAAUAAGAGAUAUGAAGUGAUUAAAAAAAUAUAAUGGUAAAUGCAUAAUAGAAAACACUUGAAUUAUUAUUGUAUUGAUGAAAAAAUAGAUAGCAAUAUUUGUGGAUAAGUGAAAAGAAAAUUUGAUAUUUUAUUGGCAGUGCUCAUAGAUUAUCUAAGUAAUUCUGGGUUCCUACGUUAUUAAGUUUUACAGAUUUGUAAUCUAAGAAUUAUGUGUAUUUAACUUAAUAAUCCAGAAAUUAGAAGAGCAUAAAGAUUAUUUAUACAAAAUUAUUAGAAUUUGAAACUUAUAAAUAAAUAUCAUAAUUAAAAGAUAUCUUUUCAUAAUACAUAAUUGUUUCUGACAAUUGGUUUAUACAUUUUAGUUGGAUAUAAAUGA